AUGGGUCAGUCGGCAGAAGAUCUGAAGAUGUUGCAGACGCAUUCAAUUGAGGAGAUUCAAAGCUUCCCUAAGGACAAAUGGCAGAUACCGAAUCCUUCUUUGCAUACGGACAGUGGCGUGCUGCGUGAUGACGCUAUACUAGGAGGACGCCUUGGUCAUGGAAAAGGAUAUUAUGACUCCUUCUUGCACCGAUUGACGAAGCACUAUGACAACAUUGGACACGCGCGUCCUAUCACCAUCGGUCUUUGUCUAGCACCUCAACUUGUGGAGAAAGUGCCAUUGGCAGCACAUGAUCAAAUGCUGGAUCUGAUUGUGACACCGCACGAGUUCACAUAUUGGCAACAAGGUGAGAUGAAGAGACGCAGUUUUUUGAGCGUAUUGUGUCUGCUGUUAUGCGCGUCAAUUGCACAUGGUCAGAAUCUAUAUGAGGUAUUAGGUGUAUCAUCGUCAGCUACUUUGUCUCAGAUAAAGCGAGUGUACCGUAAGAUGCCACAUAAGUACUAUUCAGAGAAACAGACAGAAAAAAUCCAUGAAGCCAUGAAAGAGGAAUUUGUCAAGAUUACAAACGCGUAUCGCGUGUUAUCCAAUUCCGAACGUCGUAAAAAGUAUGACGUCUAUGGCACAACUGGGGACGAUCAGGACUUUCAAAACUUCCAUGAGGCUGUUCAGUUUGCAAGCGAUGACGUGGACGAGUCAUUACUGAGCUGGAUCGGUCUUGUAAUUGUGCUGCCUGUUGGCAUUAUUUCUAUCGUUGUAAUGCAGCGUAACCGCACAAAACCUUUGACAAAGCGACGUGAGGCCCUACAAAGUCUCUCAAAAAGUACACUCACCAAGAAAGGAGAUUUAAGCUUUACUAAGACCAUCAACAAGAUGCGCAAACAAUACAUCGAUGACCCAUUGCGUGCGCAUCAAGAUUAG